AUGGUAGGAGAGAGCUGUCCGGCGCGAUCUGCUGAGCUUGAGGGAAUGAUAUCGAUCCGUGGGGACGUAGAUGCCCGCGGGACUAUUGUUAUCGCCUUCUUACUGCUCCUGACAGUACCUAGUGUCCCACCACCAAAAAAAAAACCUCCACCCUCGCCGCGCCUCUUCGUUCACGCUCUUCACGAAUUGUGGUGA